GCUCUCGGCGGCGGGCACCACCCGUGUCAUCGCGUUUCAGGAACUGCUACGUUGCACGUAAUAAAAUACUUGUUGCCAUCAGUGCCCUCGUGUGAAAAAAUGCCACCAUUUGAAAAGGACUGGCCGAAGUAAAAUCCCGUAUCUUUGAAAAGUCUGACGGCAAGGCAAGGAUCUAGCGAAGAGACCAGCGCCAACCUGGGCCGCGGAGCGGGUUUGAAAUACACGAAGGUCCUUCACGACUUGAGCUCAUUUUGGCUGCCUUUCCCACCUUGUCACACACCGAGACUGAGGAAAUGGCGACGGUCACCGAACACCAAGUCACCUCGGAGAUCUACGCGGACGAAGGCAUAGCCGUCGGCGCUCCUCGCGCUGGGGGAUACGUGACCACCAAGUUCUACUUCAAGUGCCCCCUUGCCCCAGGCGAGGGGAAGCAGCUGGAGCAGCUGGAGCAGGACAGCGACGGGGACCUCGUCGUGGAGCGGAGGAACAGGGAGGAGGUGAUCCGCAUCGAGCACAGCGCGUCCACCAGCCUGCGGAUGGUGGGGCUGCAGGUGUGGCGCGGGGCGCUGCUGCUGGCCGACUGGGCCGUGCACUGCGGGCCUUCCCUGCUGCGGGGCGCCACCGUGCUGGAGCUGGGCGCGGGCACGGGGCUCACCAGCAUCGUGGCCGCCAUGCACGCCAAGGAGGUCGUCAGCACGGACGUGGACCUGGGCGGCAUCCUGGACCUCAUCAAGGCCAACGCCGCGCUCAACAGGGACGUGGUCAAGGCCAAGUUCACCGUGCUCGGCCUCGACUUCUUCGCCGAGCAGUGGUCGCCGGAAGUGCAGGGCAAGCUCAAGGAGGUGUCACUUGUGUUUGCAGCUGACGUUAUUUACGACGUGGACCUGACCGAGGCAUUCGUUCGGACCCUAUUGAAAGUGAUGAGCGUGCCACCAAAGAAGACAUUGUUCUUCGCUCUGGAGAAGAGAUAUGUGUUCACAACAGAUGAUUUUGAAUCCGUCGCACCAGUUUAUGAACACUUUGUGUCCUACCUCGAACAUUGCCGACCCAAGUCUUGGACCAUUGAACAAAUUCCCCUUGACUUUCCUCAAUACUUCCGAUAUGAACGGGUCAAGCAGCUUGUGCUUUGGAAGAUUGCAUCUUGAGCUACACCGUUAACAUUACAUGUUAUGCUUGUUUUUUGUUGCUGCAGUUUUAUGUCGAAUCGAUUUCGUUGUGCUUGUACUUCGUCUUGUGCUUGUUAUUUACUAACAUUUCUCCUAAAGUGUUAAAGCAUUCACUUCAUGCGCGGGUAUUUCUCAGUAUUGUAUCACAAUCUGUUAGAUAAUAAUUUGAAAGCUGUGAUAGUAUUUUCUCGAUCCUCGCUGUGAUUUUUAGGCUUUGUAGGGCCAAUAAAAUAUUUAUUUUUGCA